UAUCUCCGUUUGCUUUCGCUGCUGCUGUGUCUGCUGCUGCCGCCGCCGCCACAGCUGCUGCCGCCGCCGCCACCGCUGCUUUCCAGGGGUUGCCGGAGCAUGGACUAUUAAAGUCCUGCAUUUCUUCCGUGUGAGGCUCUGUGACUCCCACAGCCUUUGGGAUGAUUCAUGCUGCCAAAACCACGAUCUAGAUUCGGAUGACUGGGUAUUUACAACAGCCUUGCAGAUAGAUCAGAAAAGAUCAGCCUACAAAAGUCAUCCCACACCUGCUGGUGAUGAUGGAUUACAUGGUGAACAUUCGUAGCCUGAGGAAUCCUGCAAGGAGUAACAUUAAUGAGCCUGGCAAUUCUGAUCAUUUCUCCAGCAUAAAUUGUCAUCCCUGUCAGAGAGAAGGUGGAGAUUUUGGAAAGCUGAACCUCUAACACCAGGAUGGGGAAACAGAACAGCAAACUUCGCCCAGAGGUGAUGCAGGAUUUGCUAGAAAGCACAGACUUUACUGAGCAUGAGAUCCAGGAAUGGUAUAAAGGCUUCUUGAGAGACUGCCCAAGUGGUCAUUUAUCCAUGGAGGAAUUUAAGAAAAUAUAUGGGAACUUUUUUCCUUAUGGGGACGCUUCCAAAUUUGCAGAGCAUGUUUUCCGCACUUUUGAUGCAAAUGGAGAUGGAACAAUAGAUUUUAGAGAAUUCAUUAUUGCCCUAAGUGUAACAUCGAGAGGGAAACUGGAGCAGAAGCUGAAAUGGGCCUUUAGCAUGUAUGACCUGGAUGGCAAUGGGUACAUCAGCAAGGCUGAAAUGCUGGAGAUUGUUCAGGCAAUCUAUAAGAUGGUUUCUUCAGUAAUGAAAAUGCCCGAAGAUGAAUCAACACCAGAAAAAAGGACAGAGAAGAUCUUUCGCCAGAUGGAUACCAACCGAGAUGGCAAACUCUCCCUGGAAGAAUUCAUCCGAGGAGCCAAGAGUGAUCCUUCCAUAGUGCGCCUCCUGCAAUGUGACCCCAGUAGCGCGGGCCAAUUCUGAACCCCAUUCCCAUUGUCUGGAUGAAUUCUAUAGAGCUGCUUUUUUUUCUUUUUUUUUUCUUUUUUUUGCCAAACAUUGGUGGUGAUGUUGCCUCUGUGUGGCCAGAUAUUCCUUCUUCUGUGAUGCCUUUUAGCUUCUUUUGUGGAUGUGUUCAUGGGAAUGCCAAGUGCUCUCAUCUGCUUGUCAAGAGCAUGGACAAUACUGUUCUACACAGAUUUUGUGGUGUUCGUUGUUUUAAGGGUUUUUUAUUAUUGUUGUUAUUUUGGUUUAACAUGUCUGUUCUUAAAACUAAGGAUCAUGGAUGCCAGAGUUCAAAAACUAUGUAACCCUGGUACAUUGGGCCUGAGACCUCUAAGAGAUUUUAAAAAAUAUAAAAAAAAAAGAUAAAAAAAAAGAGAUUAAAAAAAAAACCAAACUUCCCCAUUGUUUAUUGCUAAAUACACCUAAGUGUUCCAAGUACAGAUGCAGUGGGUGACUGUUCCCCAAUAACAAGUUGUACCCUAGGCCAUAGGGCACAGCCACUGAACAGGCUUGAACAAUCAACCCAUAAUGGAUCAAUUCCAGUGUGGGCUGUAGUGUCUAAGCUGUGAACAUUACUCAAGGUGAAUAAGCAGAAAGCAGGGGCAAGAUGACUCAGCUGGUUUUUAAGACAGGUCUAUACUAGUCAACUUAACAUAACCGUAUUGAGGAAAUAAACAAAAAUCUAUCUUCCAAAACCAGGCCUAUAUCUAGUCGCUCUUUGUGUUAACAGAUAAGAAUGUUGUAAAUAUACAGUGAUGGGUAAUGAAGACAAAAACAGUGUUCUGGAAUAUUGAAGGGAGAUGCAUGUCUAAUGAGAUCUUGGGAAAGGGUGGUAGUGUUCUUACAGUCUUACUACAAAAGACUGUUUUUGUUUUUGUUUUGGUAGCUUAUUGUGAGGUAAGCCAGCUCUAAUGAAUGUCUGACAUGUUGUGUUUUAAAGUCAUAUAUUCUGUCUGCACAGGUGCGCCAAUCAAUAGGUGUAUUUUAUGUAUUUAAAAAAAUGAAAAAAAUAUAUCAAAAGGCCCAGUUCUUCAUUUUAUGUUUCCAGGUAAAGGAUACUUGGGAAAGGGAAGGAGGUCAGACUUACAGGGAUGGGAAUCUUAGGGUAUUACCAGGACCAUAAUCAAUGGGAGUGGAAACCUAGUGCUUCUUUGAUGCUUUCAAAAAGAAGAAAAUCAUAGACACACAUGCCUUUGGGACUUCCAGAGCCUCAAACCCAAACCUGUGACACUUUUGAGAUGCACAUCUUCCCAAGUCAGGGAUGUCUCUGAAACGCAAUCCCCAGUAUCUUUGGCUGGGGCGCUCAUCCAAUUUCUUUGGUAAGGAAUCUGGAAGUGCUGCUGAGGUUGGCAGAGGGCCCCAGGGGAGUGAUGGAUGGGAUAUGAACAUGGCAACAUUUGCCAUUACCAAAUACAAUCAGAAGGCUGAUUUUGGUUCAAGGCCCAUGCCAAGGUGAAGCCAGGUUCUCUACCCUUUUCACGCAGGCUACUGGUUACUUUAGAUUUCAAAUUAAGAGUUAGAGUCCAACCCCAAGGUGCUAAAUGUCAAUGAACAGCAGGGGAGAGCGUCAUUCUUCACACUGAUUGGUUGUUUAGUAGCUAGAGCUCUUGGGAAGUAGACAUCAAGCAUGGCCUACCAAAGAGACAGAUAGAUCCCCAGGUUGGUUCUCCAACAGAGGUCACCUCUGUAACAGAAAACACAGAGGGUAAGUAGAGACAUUGCGUUUGGAAACAUUAAGAAAAGCCAUGUCUAAGCAGCACAAUGAGCUCAUAGAAGCAUACCCUACAUCCUGUAUUAUUAGCAAUUAAAGUCCAUUAAAUUAAGUCCAUUAACACUGGUAGUAAAAAAAAUCUAAAUUUGUGCUGUUGUCUGAAAUGAGCAGAAAGUCUCUUUACAUGGAACUAGUUCCCUCUAUUGGGGAGCCUUAGCUGGAUGGCUUUAAAUCCCACCUUGACCUGCUCUAUACAAGCAUUUAUUAAGCACCUACUAUGUGCCAGGCACUGUGUGCUAAAUGCUGAGGAUGCAAAGAAAGGCAAAGAAAUAAUAAUAAUAAUAAUAAUAAUAAUAAUUUCCUGCUUCUAAGCUCACCAGAGUCUAAUAGAGAGACAAUAUUCAAACAACUUUUGACAGACAAGAUAAAGAUAGGAUAAAUCAGAGAUAAUAUCAAAGGGAAGGCACACUACGAUUAAAGACUAUAAGAAAAGGAUCCCUUGAAGAAGGUGGGACUUUAUCUGAGACUAGAAGAACUAGGAGUAAGAUGGAAUGUCUCACUGUAGGAAAGAUAGCAAGAAGACAGAAGAAAGACAAGAGGGGAAUAAAGGGUUGUUGUUGUUUGUCCUUCAAUCUCGAAGGGGACUGAUCACUGGGAAGGUACAAAGGGACCAGAUUUGGAAGGACUUCAAAAGCCAAACAGAAGAUUUUAGAUUUUUUUUUCCUUGUUAAUAUGAUUAUACAGGUGAAAGGAAAUUAGACUCAGUCUCCCCUUCUCCUUCAUUCCAGUCUGAAGAUUAAGACCUCAUCACACAAAGGAAAUUUUGCUUUCUCUCAGCCCUUUCGAUAGCCCCAGGCCUUCCACCCAGAAAUCUCCAGGUUUGCUUUAGGUCUAGCUUUCCUUAGUGCUUAAAUCCAGAGCUUUAUUGUUGAAAGGAGGAUUAGUCCUGUCUCACCAGAGGCUUUCUCUGAGCUCUGUUUUCAUCACUUUGCAGAAGUACUUAUGAAUCAAUGAGUAUAUUUGCCUCUUUUAGCUUCUAGUUAUGAAUCAAUGAAUGUAUUUGCCUCUCAUAGCUCUCCUUCCCAAUCCUUUCUCAGACUACAGUGUAAGCCUCUGAAUCAGAAGCAGAUCUAGGCCUCAUCAUUGAAGGAAGGAUAUAUACUGGAGGACGGCUCUGACUCCCACUCCAGGGCCCUACCAUCCCACCUGGUACCUCCUUCUUUGUUUCUAUUCCCUGCCUAAAUGUAUAGAGGAUGGAGAGAUGAUAUUCUUCCUACACCUUUUCGCCUUUCAAAGACUAGUUAAAAAAUGACCAAAACUCUACUAAAUAAAUAGGAUGCAUUAGGCAUUUGUGCAGAGAGGUAGCCUUGCAUAAAGUAAAGAGCUGGCCUUGCUGUCAGGAGGACCUGGGUUCAAGUCCUGAUACAUACUAGCUGAGUGCCCCUGGGCAAGCCAUUUAACUCUUUGUACUCUAGGCAACCCUUUUCAGACUCUAAGUUAUAAAGAAGGUACCAGCCUGAAUUGGUAAAGGAUGAUUCCUUUCUGAGAGUUCCCUGUAUCAAUGAAAUCACAGGUGUAGUCCCUGUUUAUAUCUCUAUUUCUGCAGAGUACUAUGUGGAAGGGACUACCAAAAAAACAGACUCUAGCCAUUUUUUUUAAGUUAAGGUCUUUAACAGGUCUCAGUUUGACUGAAUCUUGCCACUGGGU